AUGGAGAGAACAACGCUGUACAGUCUUAUAGAGAAGCAAGUCAAUCCAGCAGACUCGACUCCGUUGGAUGUUCACAAAGUCAGGAAAUACUGCUAUUACGGCUUUUCCGAUGGAUUUCUCAGGCCAAAGUACUGGAAGAUCUUUCUUGGAUAUUACAGUAAGAAUAAGUUCAAAACCGAGAUGUUUCUUAGGAACAUGAGAAGUUCCUAUGGCUUUUAUGCAGAGAAAAUGAAGGAGGAGUUUAAAGGAAAAGAGGAAUGCUACAAGGUGAUUGAAAAUGAUGUUUGCAGGACGUUCAUUAGGCCUAGGACAGAUCAUGGGAGCUUUGAAGAAAAAAGAAAAUACUGUGAAUUUUUGGACAGUGUAUCUGAAAAUUCCCAAGAAAGCCAUAGAAACAUUGUCGAAAGAAUACUGAAGUGCUACGCAAUGACCAAUUCUUCGGUGAGAUAUGUCCAGGGAAUGAAUCUUGUCUUGAUAGCGAUAUACUAUGUCCUGUGCCGCAGUGAGGACUCUGAGGACAGAAAGUACUGCGAAGAAGACACCUUCUUCUGUUUCAAUUCAUUGAUGGCCGAGAUAGGAGACAACUUCAUUGGAGACUUUGAUCAGUGUAGCGGAGGGAUAGUUCAUAGGAUGUCCACGGUCAUGGAAAUAGUCAAAAAUGCGGACGGAGAGCUGUAUGAAGUGAUGAGAAAAAAAGGCCUAACAGAAGGAGGAUUCCACAUGAAGUGGAUAUUACUGAUGUUCAUGCCGUGUUUUGAAAUUGAAGACGUCGUAUGGCUUUGGGACCGGCUUCUUAGUGACGUGUGUAGAUUUGAAAUUGUGCUGUAUUGCUGUGCUUCUGCCAUUCUCCUAAUGAAAAAUAUGAUUCUUCGUGAGGACUUCGAUGUCUGUAUGGAGAUUUUUCAGAAGCCGUUGGACAUGGGAGUGGAAACCAUGUUCAAUGUGGCAGAUCAUCUGAGGAGGAAAGAUUACGAGAUACUUCAGAUGGAUGACCAAUGA